GGAGCUCGGCGCUUCUCUCCUGUUCCUCUCUCUCUUUAUUUCUCUCUCUUUGUUUCUGCCUCCAUCCUUCAUCGCCAUGGAUAUGGGCAGCCUGACAACGGUGGUGGCCAACUCGGCCUACAUCUCGGCGCGCGGGAGCUUCGACGGCACGGCCAACCCGUCCGCCAACCGGGACAAGAAGUACCACGCCCGCCUGAAGCUGCCUCACAUCACGGUGUGCGAGGGCCUCAGGGAGACUCUGGACCUGGGCUUCCAGACCGCCUGCGUGGAACAGCCCAUCGGCAAGCGUCUGUUCCAGGAGUUCCUGGAGGCCAACAACGAAUACAAAGGCCCCUGCCGCCUGUGGAAGGAUGUGGAGGAGUACAACCAGGCCGAGGACCAGGACCGCAUUAAGAAGGCCUCCAAGAUGCUCUCUCGCUACAUGGAUCCGAGCGCCAAACACUUCUGCCCCUUCCUGCCGGAGAACGACAUCACCAAGGUGAAGGAGAAGCACGCGGAGGCCGGGGACGAUCUGUUCAUCGAGACUCUGACCAGCGUACUGGACUUCCUCAAGGAGGUCCCUUACACCUUCUACCUGGACAGCAUGCACCUGAAGAGGUUCCUCCAGUGGAAGUGGCUGGAGAUGCAGCCCACGGGAGAGGACUGGUUCAUGGACUUCCGUGUCCUUGGGAAGGGGGGCUUCGGGGAGGUACAUGCCACCUCGAUGAAGGCCACAGGGAAACUGUACGCCUGCAAGAAGCUCAACAAGAAGAGGCUGAAGAAGAGAAAAGGAUAUGAGGGGGCGAUGGUGGAGAAGAGAAUUCUGGCACGUGUCCACAGCAGGUUCAUCGUGUCGCUGGCCUACGCCUUCCAGACCAAGACUGAGCUCUGUCUGGUCAUGACCAUCAUGAAUGGAGGAGACCUGAGGUAUCAUAUCUACAAUGUGGAUGAGAACAACCCAGGGUUUGAUGAGCAGAGGGCCUGUUUCUACACAGCUCAGAUCAUCCAGGGCAUGGAGCACCUGCACCAGAAGAGAAUCAUCUACAGAGACCUCAAACCUGAGAACGUGUUGUUGGAUAAUGAAGGUAACGUGCGUAUCUCUGACCUUGGUCUGGCCGUGGAGCUGGAGGACAACCAGACCAAUAUCAAAGGCUACGCUGGGACUCCAGGGUUCAUGGCCCCAGAGCUGCUGAAAGGGGAGGAGUAUGACUGGUCAGUGGACUACUUUACCCUUGGGGUCACACUGUAUGAGUUCAUCGCUGCCAAGGGACCUUUCAGAACCCGAGGAGAGAAGGUGGAGAACAAAGUAGUGAAGAAGCGGAUUCUGAACGACCCCGUGGCCUAUCCGGAGAAGUUCAGUGAGAAAGCCAAGUCCAUCUGCGAGGCGCUGCUGUGCAAGACGGUGGACCAGAGGCUGGGCUUCAAGAACGGGUCCUGCGACGAGCUCCGAGCGCACCCCUUCUUCAGCGAACUCAACUGGAUGAAACUGAACGAAGGGAUCCUGGUGCCUCCGUUUGUUCCCGACUCCAAGACGGUCUACGCCAAGGAUCUGGACGCCGUCGGAGCUUUCUCAACAGUGAAGGGAGUCACCCUGGACGACCCCGACAAGGAGUUCUUUGACGAGUUCUCCUCGGGGAACAUCCCCAUUCCCUGGCAGGAGGAGAUGAUCGAGACGGGGAUCUACGGGGAGCUGAACCUCUGGGGGGUCGGGGGGGCGCUGCCCAACGACCUGCGCAGGGAGAGCAUCCUGGAACAGCCCCCGAAGUCCUCCACCUGCUGCCUGUCAUAGAUCAGAGGUCAUGGGGUAGGGAACAUGGUCGCGUUCCCCUGCUCAGACGUUGCAUGCAUCAACCAAUGGUUGCGUGCCACAUCAUCGACUGUGUCAUCGACUGACAGAUAGCUAUAACAUAUAAUGUGGUUAGCUGAUACUGUAAGUAAAAUAACGAUUCAGGCGUUGUCAGAUCUGGCAGGCGUCAGCAACGCCUGGGCACGGGAACGCGCCCUUUAUGAAUAUCAUGACUAGGAAGGAUUUCAUUGGCCGGCCGAGUGGAGGAAGUAGUCUUGGGCCAAUGGCAGAGAUGUGGUCACGAAGGAGGCGGGUGGAUUUAAUGGAAUGGGUUGUAAAUGAUGGAAUGUUUAUUUUGUUUAUUAUAUGUUAUGUAUUAUUAUGUUUAUCAAAAUGAACAAGUUAAAAGACGUUUUAGAUAUCUACACCUGUUUCUUCUCAGUGAAGAAUCAUUCUUUUCUUGCUACUACGGCACAUGGUGAAAUGCACCAUUUAUUGUACUUCACCAAAGAGACAGAAUAGUGCUUUAACAGCCAGCCACUAUGCUGAGAAAACAAAAUACAGUCACUGUAACAUUUUAUUUGUUAUAACAGAACUAUAACGGAACUAUAAUUGCUCUGUUUCUGUUUACUUGUUUGUCUUUUGCUGUGGAAUCUUCUGAGUUUUUGGAAUGUGA